AUGGCUCACCAACAUUAUCAUAAAAAACAGAAGCCAUUAACAAACGUGGCAUUUAAUGUGUCUGAAAGACGGCUAUCAACGCCGGAUUUUGUACAACAAGCACAACACUCACAAAAUCGUCGUUUAAGUACAGUUUCUCAACGUCGAUUAUCGACAGUAUCUCAAAUAUAUUUACCACAUGGAUCUGAAUAUUUACCACAAAAAAAAGUACCUCCAAAUGGUCUAGAAACACAACAAUUACAAUUUAAGGAAUUGAUAUUUACCGAAGAUGAUGAUACACCAGAUAAAUUCCCAUCGGAACAUCGUCGAUUUAGUCAAGCAGCUGUUGUUGUUAAUCGUCGAUUAUCCACAGUUUCUCAAAUUUAUUUACCGCAUGGAAAUGAAUACCAUCAUCAACAUAAAUUACCAGCAAAUGGUCCUGAACUUCUUGAAAAUAAUUUCGUGUUGAAUGAAGAUACAGUUACUGGCAGUAUUAAAUGUGCAGAUUAUUGUGCAAUUGAUGAGGAUACUUCAGAUGAAUAUAAGUUUUCUAAAUCAUCGAAACGUGCAUUAUUUGUUUUAGAGCCCAUUAUUACUGGUUUGAUCAUAGAGAGAAAUUUACAAACAUGUGUUUUACUUUAG